AUGCUCGUCGUCUUCGUCUCAUCCUUCGUCCUCUGCGUCGCCUUCGAGCUCGCGGAGGGUCGAAAGAUUUGGCUCACUGAGGACUACGCAUCCGCCUGUCGCAGGCUCGACGACGCCCGUCGCAGGCUCGUCGACGCCGAGGAGAAGGCGAGCGAGAAGGGCGAUACAAAGAAGAACGCUCGAGCGGUCUCGCACGCUCGCGUCGCCGUCGCCGACGCCGAGCGGCGACGGCGCGAGAUGGCGAUCAUCGCUCGGAAGUGGUUCACGGGCGCCACCUAUUCGGGGGCGCUCGUCGUGCGGGCGGUGUACGGCGACGCAGCUGGCUGGAGAUUGCCGUUCGCGGUGCCAGACUUUGCGCGAGGUUUGCUAGGCGCGGGGGAAGAUCCGCGGGAUAUAAAUGCGGCGACAGCGUUUCUAUUGACAACGUUCGUGAUUAGGAGCGUCAUAGGGGACUUCUUGGAUCGUCGAGUGAGGGUGGCUGACGCGUAUACGUCCGCUUCGCGAAGGACGAAAGAAUUGAUGAACAAGACGCAAUAG